AUGUUUCCUCCCACGUGGCUCCAGAGGGGUUUGCGCGCAGAGCGGCAGAUCCCCGCGAGGGACCCCAGCUCCCGCCGGGUGAAGCGCCUGGGGGCCACCCCGCAGUGCUGGAGCUGCCGGAGCGCAGCCCAGCGGGACGCACAGAGCCCCGCCGCCCGCCUCCCCACGGAGCGGGACGCCGCUGCCCGCCUCCCCACGGAGCCCCGGGAGCCAUCCCCACGGCGCGAGGAACGCACCCAAAUGCCGACCUCUGGGUGCAGCAUCCACACGCACCCCUACUUCCCACAUCUGAAAGCUUUUGAAAGAAGACUUACCGAAUACAUUGCAUGUUUGCAACCAGCUACAGGGCGUUGGAGAAUGAUUCUGAUAGUGGUAUCAGUCUGCACAGCAACUGGUGCUUGGAACUGGUUAAUAGAUCCUGAGACACAAAAGGUGUCAUUUUUCACAUCACUUUGGAACCAUCCAUUUUUCACAAUUAGCUGUAUUACCCUAAUAGGCUUGUUCUUCGCUGGAAUACAUAAAAGAGUGGUGGCACCAUCAAUUAUAGCAGCCCGAUGUCGAACUGUUUUGGCAGAAUAUAAUAUGUCCUGUGAUGAUACUGGAAAACUAAUUUUGAAACCUAGGCCUCAUGUUCAAUAAAGGCCAUCUUCCUUCAUUUUUUUCCACUGCCAUGGAAACCAAAAAUGACCUUUUUUUCAAGGUAGUAUGACAGCAAAAACCAAACAGGACUGGUUGUCAUUGCCUAGGAGCAAAAAGUCUUAUACAAUUGAGAGUGUAAGUGUGCAAUAUUGCUUUCUUGAAUAUUUCUCCAAAUUCUUUGUUAUCAUAUGAUCAGUGCUCUUGCUACUUCUGAUUACCUCUUUUUUUCAGUAUUAGUGUCACUUUUUUACUUCAGCUAGAACAAAACAUACCGGUGAUGUAUGUUAAUUGGUUACGAAGUUGAACUUGAAGAUCAAACCUCAUUUGUGUAACGUGUCUUUGUAAACUAUUGUAAAUAGCAGAUUGAUGCCAAUGUUCAGAG